AUGGCUACACUUAGUGAUCCAGUAGUGAUGAUAAAUCAGGGAUGGGAGAAGAUAAGAGUGAACGCAAUUUAGAAAUUAGAAAAUUACUUGAACACAGGAAAUUCUUAGAUUAUGUUUACCAAGAAAGAAUACAUGGAAUACUAUACGAUAGUAUUUAAUUUGAGCACUUUGAAGCAAGAGAAUAUCUAAUAAUAGCUGUAUUAAAAGUACACCGAUUCAAUCAACUUAUACCUUUCGCAAAAUGUACUUCAAGAAUUGUAGAAGCUUCAUAAUGAUGAGUUACUUGAAGCACUAAAUACCAGAUGGAUAAAUCAUGAAAUAAUGGUGAAGUGGAUGCAAAGAUUCUUUUAGUACCUGGACAGAUUUUAUGUACAAAUCAAUUCAAUAACUCCACUCAGAGAUCAAGGUUUUAAGAUAUUCAAGGGUGUUAUAUUCCAACCACUUAUAUCUUAGAUUACCGAUGCAAUUUUGGAGAAUAUUAGAAGAGAAAGAGAAGGCGAAUUAGUGGAUGUAGAUUUACUGAAAAAGACCAUCGAAAUCUAUCAAUUUUUAAGCAAUGAAAAAUUAAGUUAAGAGACUCUAAAUUGCUAAAAGUAUCUUGAAGAUAAAAUUCUACAAUAAACCCAAUAGUUCUAUUAGAUGUAGAGCUAGAAUUUACUGUCCAAAGCAAGUUUAUCUGAAAUUCUGCACAUCACAAAUAAAUACUAUUAAGAAGAGAUAUAAAGGUGUGAGAAUUAUUUGAUUUUUGACAUCAAGGAUAAAUUGCUCAAGGAGUUCUAGUAGGAAAUGCUCUUAAAUCAUUAAUAAGGGUUAUUAGAAAGAGAGAGUGGCAUUAAAUAUCUACUCUAAUAAGAUAAGUUUGAAGAUUUAGGUCUUCUAUAUUAACUUUAUCAAAAUCAUCCAGCCAGCUUGAAUCCGAUAGCAAAUGCUUUUAAAGAUCACAUAUAUUAAUAAGGAGAGAAUUUAGUUGAGAAGUUUGACUUUUCAGAAGAUGUAAAAGAUCAUAAUAAGAUGAAGGAAUUACUUAAAUCAACCUAGUUAGUUGAAAAUCUGGUCAGUCUUCUUGAUAAAUACUUAUAUAUGGUUAAAAACUGUUUCUAACAAAAUGCAUUUUUUGAAAGAACUAGGCACUCUUCUUUCGAGGCAUUUAUGAAUAAAAAUAGAGAUACUAACAGAGUAAACAUGUCUGAAGUACUCGCUGUAUACACAGAUAUCAUUUUAAGAAAAGGUGGAAUCAAAAUUGAAGAGGCGAAGCAUGAGGAAUACUUAGAGAAAAUUGUGAAGCUAUUCACUCAUCUUAUAGACAAAGAUAUAUUUAUUGAAGUCUUCAGAAGUUAUUUAGCUAAGCGUUUAUUGAUUGAAAAAUCACAGUCUAUUGAUUUAGAGAGAUCCAUGAUUUCAUUUGUAAAAUUAUCAUGCGGACCUUAGUUUACCAAGAAGCUAGAGGGUAUGCUUACUGAUCUCUCAUUAGCUGCUGAUGAAUAGAAGAAAUUUGAGAUUCACUGCUCCUCGAGUAGUCAACUUCAACAAAAUAACAUCUCUUUUGGCAUUACGAUUCUAACAACCAGUUAUUGGCCCACAUACAAAAGUUUUGACAUUCAAAUUCCAAGAGAGAUUGACUCCUGCAUGAAAAAUUUCACUCAAUAUUAUACCUCUAAACAUAAUCACAGACAGCUAUAGUGGUGCUACUCACUUGGUAGUUCAACUCUAGGAGCUAACUUUUAGAGGACAGGAAAGCAGUAUGAUUUUGUUGUAGGAACUUAUUAACUCUGUAUACUUAUGCUCUUCAACUAUAGUCAAGAACUGAGGUACAGAGAUAUAAAGCAGGCUAUGAAAUUUGAUGAUGAAACUUGUGCCAAAAAUCUCAAGAGUUUAAUGACUGCUAAAUGCAAGUUAUUAGAAAUAAGAAACGAAAAAUCUGGAGGCAAUUUCAACGAAGAUGAUGUCAUUGCAGUAAAUGAGUUAUUUACUUCACAGUUAAAGAGAGUUGUAUUCCCAACUCCAGUACUUGAAGAAGUCUUUAAAAAGGAAAUAGUUCAAGAGGAUAGAUCUAUAGCUAUUGAAGCUUCAAUCGUAAGAAUAAUGAAAAGUAGAAAGAAGCUAGAUCAUGUAAAUCUUGUUAAAGAAGUCCUACAAACUCUUCAAUUAUUUAAGCCAUCACCAUAAGUCAUCAAAGAAAAGAUCGAGCAACUAAUAGAAAGGGAAUAUCUAGAAAGAGACCCAGAUGAUAAAAGUAUCUACAAAUAUUUAGCUUGA